AGCCCUAGAGAGGCUCGCCUUCCUUUUGACGAGUUGCCAUGACGUCCUACUACGAGAUCCUAGACGUGCCGCCCAGUGCGUCCGCUGAUGACAUCAAGAAGGCGUACCGGCGGAAGGCUCUACAGUGGCACCCAGACAAGAACCCAGAUAAUAAAGAGUUUGCUGAGAGGAAGUUUAAGGAGGUGGCAGAGGCGUAUGAAGUGCUGUCGGAUAAACAUAAGCGGGAGAUCUAUGACCGCUAUGGCCGGGAGGGGCUGACUGGGGCAGGAACUGGCACAUCUCGAGUGGAAACUGGCGGUGGAGGACCCGGCUUCCCCUUCACCUUCCGCAGCCCUGAGGAGGUCUUCAGGGAGUUUUUCGGGAGUGGAGACCCUUUUGCGGAGCUCUUUGAUGACCUGGGCCCCUUCUCAGAGCUUCAGACCCGGGGUUCCCGACAUGCCAGCCCUUUCUUUACCUUCUCUACCUCCUUCCCUGGGCACUCCGAUUUCUCCUCCUCAUCCUUUUCCUUCAGUCCUGGCGCUGGCGCUUUUCGCUCUGUUUCUACAUCCACUACCUUCGUCCAGGGGCAUCGCAUCACCACGCGCAGGAUCGUGGAGAACGGGCAGGAACGGGUAGAAGUGGAGGAGGACGGGCAGCUGAAGUCAGUCACGAUCAAUGGUGUCCCAGAUGACCUGGCGCUGGGCUUGGAGCUGAGCCGUCGAGAGCAGCAGUCACUCACCUCCCGGGCUGGGGGCACACAGGUCCAGCAACCUUCUGCCUUGCACCCCUCUGACCUCUCUGAGGAAGACGAGGACCUCCAGCUUGCCAUGGCCUACAGUCUGUCAGAGAUGGAGGCAACUGGAAAGAAACCAGCAGGUGGGCGGGGGGCGCAGCAGCAACGGCCAGGGAAACCCAAGGGCCCACAGCAAGACCCAGGCACUGGGGGGACCCAUGAGGGUGCCAGGGGUGAGGCAGCCGGGCCCAGUCCUGCCCAGGAGGAGAAGGCCCCACGCUGCCUCAUCCUCUGA